CGAACUCCCCAAGAGGAGGCCGUCGAUGCAGCCCGAGAUCGGAUUGCAGGCCUCCUGUCGCCAUCGCCUUGCCAUCGAUGGAAUAGCGCAAUUCGGCUCCGAUUGUCGCUCCGGAAAGUGCCGUGGAAAUCUGCUGCUGCUGCUUUGCUGCCCAGUGCGGAGUCGGCCGCAGCGCGAUGUUGAGAUUCUGCGUUGGCACCGUCCAUUUCGGAGUGGCUCCGUCGCCCGAGCGCUAUGACUUCGAUUCGAGACCCGCAUUGCAGAGCAAGGCAAGCUGUGGAGCGAAGCUUGGGGCCAUUAGGGGUCUUGGUUUCCGCAGUUGGAUUCCAGGAAGUGAGGGCUCGAAGAGCAGGCCAGGAAAGUGCUGCCGAAGUCACUCUGAAGUCGAAGCGCAGCAGCUGCAGCCGGCAUUUAGCAGAGAAGGAUUCGAGGAGUUUCUGCUCAGCAUGCAAGAAUCGAUUUGCGUGACGGCAGCGGAAGCAGACGGCAGUGGAAAAACUUUCUGCGAAGACCGGUGGCAAAGAUCAGAAGAUCCAAAAAGUGGGUAUGGGAUCACAAGAGUGCUGGAAGGUGGUGAUUUGUUGGAAAAGGCUGCAGCAAAUGUCUCGAUAGUGAGAGGACAACUUUCAGAAGCGAGGGCCAAGGCAAUGAGUGGCAGGGGCCGAGGUGUUGAGAGUGGAGCUCAGUAUUUUGCUGGUGCCUUGUCUUUGGUGUUUCAUUCUCGGCAUCCGUUCGUUCCUACAUUUCGCUCCGAUAUCCGAUAUUUCGAGGUUGAGGGUGGGGGAGGUUGGUUUGGUGGAGGUGCCGACUUGACGCCCUCGUAUCUCUUUGAGGAGGAUGCAGAGUUUUUUCAUGAGUACUAUAAAGCUGUGUGUGAUCGGUACGAUCCGACGUUAUACCAGCAGAGCAAGGCGGCGUGUGAUGCGUAUUUCUACAUUCCAGCCCGGAAAGAGCAUCGCGGGAUUGGGGGCAUUUUCUUCGAUGAUCUGGAAAAUUUUCAACAGUACGAAGAUAGCGGUCUCCUGGCCAGUCGCUCUGCGGUGUUCAGCUUUGUGAAAGAUGUUGCGGAGGGAUUUAUGCCUAGCUAUUUACCCAUCGCUCAGAAGCGGAGGCAUCUGUCUUAUGGUGAAGAACAGCGGCAAUGGCAGUUGCUGAGGAGAGGACGAUAUUUGGAAUUCAAUCUGCUGUACGAUAGGGGUGUUAAGUUUGGGCUGGAUGGUGGCAGAUUCGAGUCAAUCAUGGUGUCAGCACCUCCACUUAUCGCGUGGAAGUAUGAUGCCCGCGUGGACCCAGAUACAGCUGAGUCUAAACUGCUGGGUGUACUGAAAUCACCGAGACAAUGGACGUCAGAAUAGUAUAAAAGUUUAGUAAUGUCCAGAGUAAGUUGUAUGUGCCAUUCGUACUAUGAGUGAGGUAAAAGUCUAUCGUGUAUUCCGACUUGAUAUAAUUGUCAAUACUGUCACAUUUUUUUCAAUGCCAACAUGCAGAGUACAUGCAUUUU